AUUGAUCAUCCCUUGGCCCUUGCACAUGAUACUCCCAUCUUUUUACAAAAUCUUGUGUGGAAUCAUUGCCCAAGUCCCUUUUCUCCCUUGUACAUCUAUAUAUCAUAUCCUCUGUCUACAUACAUAUGCACACAUAUUCAUCCUUCAACCACUACCACAUCUCUAUAGCUUAUAUUCUUCCGACAUAUUAAUUCUCCUCUCCAUCCAUCAAUAGCAAACCUCUUUCUAGCUACUCACCAACUUAUUCACUCACUCCCUGAUAGCUAGCUCUUCUCUCCUAGCUUUGCUUGCUUGCUUCCAUCUCAUCAAUCUGUUUUUAUCUGCUUCUCAUCAAUCUUUGCUUGUUUGCUUGCUUGUCUUGGUCACUUAAUUAGUUUGAUCCAUCCAUCGCUAUGAUGAAUCUCAUAUCGUUUGAGACGCCUCCUCUUGGUAGGAGGCAAGAGAGCACCGUCAAGGCAAAGGAAUUAGUAAGCUCUAGUAGUCCUGGAACAACAUGCUUCCAUGGAAGCCAUGAUCUAGACCUCAGCCUCGGCAUCUCUUUGUCUUCCGGCGACCGUGGUGGCGGUGAGAGCAGAAACGGCUGUGCCACCACGGGUUGCCAUGGCGCCACCAUGCCGAGCUACAGCGGUGGCGGUCGAGGCGGCAGCGGCGAUGUCGGUAAGGGCAAUGGCAUGAUCACUAGUGCUGCCCUUAGCGUCGGGCGGCAUGGUGGCAGUUGCCAUGGCAUUGUGAGCAGCAGCAGCAGCUGGACGGCGGCGUCGUUCAUGCCGAGCCCGACCGGCUACAUGCACCCAUGGAGCCUCGCCGCCCGGCAGCAGAAGGCGGCUGCCGAGCAGGACCGGAGCCUUGCGUCAGCGCCGGCGCUAGCGGCCACGUAUGUGAUAUGCGAUGCCCGUGUCGUGUCAAUGCCAGCGGCGACCGUGGGCUGGCCGCCGGUGCACACCUCCCGGCGCCAUCUCAUCGCCGGCAUUCAGGCGACGACGCCGAGACUCGACGCCGACAUGAAGCUUGACGGGCUGACACCCGAUGCAAAGAUGGAUGGCGCUGCCGUGACCGGGGACAAGGAAGAAAAGUUGGACGCCGCGGUGCCGAGGAGCUGCCGCACGGUCGCUGCCGAGCUACGGCGGCGACCGGCGGCAAACAUGUUCGCCAAGGUGCACAUGGAAGGCUGCCUGGUCGGCAGGAAGAUCAACCUCAGAGCUCACCGCAGCUACGACUCCCUCUCCCGGGCGCUCACCAAGAUGACAAGAAAUUUCUUCUGCCCCGCAGAUUAUCCGACUUCAAAUUCUGGGGAAGAAGAUUGUGCAAAUAGUGAUGAUUUCAUAUUUCUGUAUGAAGACUUUGAAGGCGACCGAAUGCUUGUUGGGGAUGUCCCAUGGGAGUUGUUUCUUGCGUCGGCUAAAAAAUUGUACAUCGCCCCAAAUCCAGCAUCAGGAGACACCAAAGUUGACACAGAUACUUUCAGGUGAGGAGGAGGCAGCAAAAAUAGAUGCUCCUUGAGCAUCAAAUAAACUAAAGACGCCAGGAAGUACCCAAAUGACCAGAGGCUUUUUUUUAAUGAAAGAGAGAAACUCGUCCCCACCCCUACUGAUCUGAGAAUGGACACGGCCAAACUGAUCAAACUCAUAUAUGUACACAUGAUAUAUGCACAUUUCAUGACUCAAGAGAUGUAGCGGCGGACUUUUGUAUUGCUCUUCUAGCACUACUAUGCUAGCUAGCUUUCUUAGAAGUUUACUAUGGUGUACCAGUGUGAAAAGCUUCAUGAUGGAUGUGCAUAUAGUAGUCUUCGGACAUUAGGCGCAAGACAUACAUCGAAAAUGAAGGUGGCCAUGCAAAUUGUUUCUGCUAGCAAUCGUACUUCAUGCCAUUAAUGUCGACACAAACAUGCUUAAUUAACCACAUUUUUGCUUA